AUGAAGUUGCGAGAUUUUAUCUCAAUUUGUAUUCCAAAUUCUCUGAUUUGCUUCGUCGCUGGAACUCAAAUAAUUCAGUCCUUAGAUGCAGAGAAUGCCUUGAUCGUAAUUGAGAAAAUAAACCAAGUCUGUUUAUUUAGUCUGACAUCCAACACCACCAGCAAUGAAACCUUGCUUCAAAAACCUUUGACAGAUGAACAACUGAUGCUCUCCACAGCUUUAGUGGGUAAAAUUGACAACUUUACAGCGGAUGUUCUGAAUACUUUGGGCCAAUCAGUUGUCGGAAUAUCAUUGACACAGAUUGAGGUUACUGAAGAGAAAGAGCUUCUGCAAGCCUUGCCAAGCCUGAGUCAAGCCACAAGCUGGAACAUUGCACAGACCACUUUGAUCGUAAACACUUUAAUAAACAACGGUUUUGAGGUCAAUAACGAACAAGAUCUUCAAAGUCUCGGAACCCUGCUGACAGGUGUCCCCAGCAGCGUAAUUCAAAAUAUUAACUCUACAGUGAUUCUGAAUGUCAUCUCCGAUUCUACAUUCAUUGAAAAUAUAAAAGCUGCUCCACAAGUUGUACAAUAUACAGUCGUCCAGAAGAUCUUGGUGACGGAAGUUAACCCUGUAAAAGCUGUGAAGAAAGUUCCAGCUGAUCUAGUCAAAGACAUCCCACUCGUGCUCUUAAGUUCAGACUUGGUUCUUGAAGACGUGAAUGAUAAAGAAUGGCUUCCCAGUCAGUCAACUGUGUUUUUUGAAAGUAUAAUAACGCAGGACAACAGUUAUGACAUCUAUUCAACCUCUGUGCUCCAAGGAUUCAGCUGCGGUGCGGUAAAGACAUUGAAUUCAAGUGAUUUCAUUCAACUCGUUCAUGUAAUGAACGACAAACAAACCAUACUUGAUGCAAGUCAGCUGAGCUGUAUAGCUUAUAAACUCUCUUCCAAUGGAACUCCAUCAGCCAUAGACAACCUCCCCAAGGAUGUUGUGCUUUUUUUCAAUUCUACAGACAUGAGCACAUUUCCGAAUUGCAAGAACCUCUUCAAAGCUGUUGGACUGUCAGACAUUAAUAUCUUGCAGAAAGAAUCAGAAAUAAGAAUCAGUCUGUUGAAUAAUGCCAAAAUUUGCUUGGAAAUAACUGGCACAAAUCUAACAGAGGACAAUGUUAGGACAUUGGGUGCUUUGGCCUGUGACCUCGAUGGAUCAACAAUCAAUGGAUCUGAUAUUUCCAUUUUAGAAUCAUUGAAAACAUGCCUUUCAUACACAGAUAGUCAAAAGGAAGCAAUCGAAGAGCUAUUAAACAACAGAGCAACCAAAUAUGGUCCACCUUCCUCGUGGACAUCAUCCACUGUGAAUGAUCUUGGAAACCUACCUCUGGCUUUGGCCUCUACAUGGAAUCUAGUAAACACGGCUGUCUUUCGACAAGCUCUUCCAAGCUUUAUCAAGAGAGUGAAAAGAUUCCAAAGACCAAGUGAACAACUGAUUUUUAUGAGUCAACUCAAGCUACGUAAAAGAUCGAAACGUGCAGCAGCCUGUAGUGGGGAAACGAUAGCAGCAGAAGAUAUCAAUGAGCUAACUCCUGUACUAUAUACAGCUGCUCAAUUAGAUGCCUGUUUGCCUAAUUCUGUAUUGAAGGAUUCCGUGCUUUUACUGGGAACUCUUGACUUUGAAUCCUCUCAGCUUCACGUUCUGAAAAAGCGACUUGAACAGAUCUACCCCAACGGGCUAACAGAAGAGCAGAUAAAACUCCUGGGAAACAUAACUACUGUGUUCAACACGACAGAAAUUAACAUGUGGAACAUAACUCAAGUCGACACCCUUUCAAGGCUGCUGAUGAAUCAGUUAGAAAGCACAAUGGUAAAAGCCAUCAUUACAAGAUAUCUGAAUCUGAAUGGACAACUGAAUGGAGUGGCUGUAAACGCUAUUGGUGGGGAAUAUGUGUGUACUCUGGAUGAAAGCCGACUGACAACAAUUUCAGACUUGGUGGAUGCAGGACCACUGGAUAUUUCCACUUGCACUCAGUCAAAGAAGAACUUACUUUACAACAAAUCUGCAUCUGCACUGAAAUCUUUUAGAAGUAACCCAAUCGCCUUCUACAAUCAAAUAAAGUCAUAUAUUGGUGGUGCCCCAAUAGAAGAUUUGAAGAUUUUUGCAAACCACACUGUCAACAUGGACUUUGAAACCUUCAUAAAUCUAAAUGCUGAUGAAGUCAAGAUCCUGAGUGCUCAGGAAUUGAUAAACCUGCUUGGAGCUUUCUUGCCAGCCCUUCAGACCGGAAGAAAUGAAAUAGUAGUGAGAACGUGGGUGGAUUCAAACUUAGCAUCUGACGUGAGGAAAGUUGGAUUAAUCGGAGGUAUUCCAGAUACUUUAACAGAACCCACACCAAAUUUUCCGUGUGGCAACACCACAGUUAAUGUGACAGCCUUCUGUGAAAACGUUACCAGCUUGGAAGUGAAUAGUUUCCUCAAAGCUGUUAACGUGAGCCAAUUCUGCAAUUUUACCGUUACUGACUACGCAUGUGCUGAGACUAACCUUGUGGCAAACCUAUCAGAUGAUUAUGUGACUGAUAUAUUUGAUUGUUUUACUGGCAAAAAGGCUCUGAGGAGCUCAGAUGAAACUGCAUUGACUGUAUUUAUUCAGAAACUCGAUGGAAUUUCACUUAACAAGGCUUUGGACAUGUUCAAUAAUAAGACCUUGAACUCGUCAACAAUCCCUCUGAUAACAAAGACCGUAUUCAUGAAGGCCUUUUUGGAGAAGGUGAAGACAAAUGAAAACUUAGCCAAUGCAACAUUCCUGACAAAAUGGUUUCAGGAGAGAUUCGGGCCGUUUAUUGCUGGCAUUCCCUCGACUUUCUUGGACUGCCUUUUGAUAAGGAAUACAACCUGUGGUGGUUACCAAGCCGUUGUAAAAGGACUCAGCAAUGGAUUCAGAGAAAUGCCACUGACAACAAGACAGAGUGUACUGCGAAUAUGGAUUCUUGGUUACCUCAACAGCACAGGUGCUGGUUGUAUCAACAAUACCAAUGGAUCCAGAGACUGGCUGGUGAAGAAUUGGGGAACAUUCUAUAAUCUUGUUCAGCUAAAGGAUCUCACUCAGCUGAAUUCUAAUUUCAGUGCAUUUGAAGUCCUGGACCUACUCAACCCCCGACAUUUCUCCGAGCUGACUGUGAACUCAGUUGGUUUAAACAAUAUUGUUAACAUCAACAAAAUCCUCAAUGAACUCACAAAGAGAAGCUUCAGUGAACUGGAUUCCUACAUGGUCUAUUUUGUCAAUGACGCAAAGAAUGCGGGAAUUACUGACAUUCCAAACACAGGUGUAAGGGACACAAUGCUGAGCAGCGUCGUACAGAAACUGGAACCUCAGUUUACAACGUUUAAAACCACAGAAUAUGCCGACUGGUUCCAAGAGAAAUUACAGCUGUUGCUACCCAGUGUAACAUCCAACGAGCUUGCCGCAAUACCCACUAACAUAACAUGCCAGUCCUACCGAGCCGUGAUUAAAGGUUUGGACAACGUUUCCUCAAAGUUAUCAGUGCCACAAAUUGGUCAUGUCUACGCCUUUGUUUCAAAAUAUUUAUCAAGCCAACUAAAUACAUCAGGUUCUGCGUGUGUGGCAAACACUACUGAUGAUCGUGAUUGGCUACUGAAGAACUUUGCCACGUUCCAGUCAUUAGCUAAAUACAGCGACUUCAUACAUCUAAAGAACAACUUUACCGGAGUUGAUGUUGUGGAUUUGCUGACUUUAAGGCAAUUGGCAGACUUGACCGCCAGUAAUGGAACGUUGAAGACUCCAGAUGAUGUUCGCAAGGUUAUGAGCAGAGUUACGCCUGAAACCAUCACACAGUUUAUGGACAUUUUCAGCUUUGGUGCAAAGCAGAACAAUGCAUUUUUGGCCCCAAAUAUGAAAGCCACUUUGCUGACUGAAGUGCUGGAUCGCAGUCUACCAAUUAUAUCUCGCUCCAAUGACACCGAACUUCAGAAUUGGUUUGGUAUAAGGCUUGAAAUGCUGAUAUCAGAACUAAACGGAUCCUUGACUGAACAAAUCCUGGCCAAUGCAAGUUGCAGUAGAUCUCUGAUCAUAAUACAAAGCUUGAAUGCCCAUUUCUCUGAAUUUAAUGGUAACCAGCAGAAGAGCUGUAUAAUAGCAUCAAAGAUUAUCUUCAAAAAGCUCCCAAAACAAGAUGCUUUGACUCAACUAACCAAAACCUAAAUUCUCCUACAUGGUUUGUGAACUAUUUGGGGAAAUUUAUGAUCCAUACCAGCGUAGAUGA